AGACAAGUCCCAAAUUUGGGUUGUUUUUUUGUGUGUGUCUAAGUAUUAUAACCCUCUCGAUUCUUUUAAAUUUUCCAGCCCUUCUUUCUUGCUUUAAUGGACAGCUGAUCUCUUCUCUUUUAUAUAUUGAAAUAUAACCCUUGGCUCGAAUUGCUUAUUUCAAAGAGUCCAUUGCCUCCUCCUUAUACUUUUAGUUCAGUCUCGAUCCGCCAAAAAACCUAAAUUCUCGGGUUACGCUUCUCCUCGUCAUUCCCACACCAACCCCACCGCUUUCUUUUGUGGGAAAGCAAGAAUUAAUAGAAAUAGGUCCUCAUGAUCCUUUCACGAUUUUUGAUCGUUUUAGUAUUACUUUGCGGCAUUGGACAAAUCAGCAGCCAUUCUGUACCUGCUGAACGGAUAUCCCGAAUAGAACCAUUAGACAACCCCGAAAUAAUACUACAUCACCACACAACAAAACAACACUCUCCUGCUACUACUAUUAAACACAGCGAUAGUUUUACAUUACGAUUUACUGCAUUCGAUACACGUAUCAGCUUGCAUUUGACACCUAAUCAUGAUUUAUUCCAUCCGGAUGCAACGACGCUUACAUACGGACACGGAGAACGACGAAGAAAAACUGACGCAGACAACGAUGACGACGACGACGACGAUUCUAUAGAUGAUUUUGUCGAAGAAGCUCUACAUCCACACGAUCAUCGAAUAUUUAAAGGCGUCGCUGAGAUUGACGAUGGUAGUACAGCGAGUGGAUGGGCGAGAAUUACUAUUGUUCGAGACGACGACGAACAUCCAUAUCCGUACCCUUUGUUUGAAGGUGCAUUUAUGCUCGCAUCCGACAUUUACCAUAUUAAAACAACAACGAAUUUCCAUCUUAGCAAACGCGACGACGAUCCAAUACCCUCAUCACAUGCUCCCAUGGUGAUAUAUCGCGACUCGGAUAUGCAACAACCGUCAUCAAUAAGAGAUGGUCAAUUAAUAGCGCGAUCCUCUGACGACGACGACGCCGAUUUCAUGUGUUCCAUGGAAGAAAUGCAAUUCAACCAAAAACUAACAGGAAUGCGAAAUACUUCGUCGGUAUCUCCACUCCAUGCAAACAUUUUCUCUCUCAAGAACAACAACAACGACAACAACAACCCUCACCACUUUACAAAACGAUUCAAUCCACUCAGUGGAUGUCCGAGCACACGCAAAAUUGCAUACAUGGGUGCAGUCGCCGAUUGCACCUACGUCCAAUCCUACGGCAGUAUCCGCUUUGCACGACUCCAAAUCAUCAAUGACUGGAACGUUGCCUCGGCUGUCUACGAACGCACAUUCAACAUCUCGCUCGGCUUGAUCUACAUUCAAAUGUCUCAGCCUGAAUGUCCACGCCAUCCAAGCUCUCGCCAGAAUUGGAACCAGGAAUGCUCGAGUUUCUAUAGCAUCAAUGAUCGGCUUUCAGAUUUUAGCUUGUGGCGUGGAAAACGAGGGGAUGAUGGGGCCGCGUUGUGGCAUUUAAUGACGAAAUGCUCCACGGGUGUCAAAGUUGGAAUAGCGUGGUUAAGCCAACUGUGUGAAUCCCAAGUGUCACAACAGAUUGAAGAAAACGGAGCAUCGGAAUGGGUAUCCGGUACAGGCGUUUCGUCAAUAACACGGGAUGAAUGGAAGGUCGUAGCUCAUGAGAUUGGACAUGGAUUUGGAGCGAUCCAUGAUUGCACCGCACAGACGUGUCCCUGUUCGCUUUCUGGUUGUAGUUGUUGUCCACUAAGUGACAGCAAAUGCAGCGCGGGUGACACAUACCUGAUGAAUCCGACGAGCAAUGUGACGAGCGAAGACUUUAGUCCGUGCUCCAUAUCCGAUAUUUGUGGGUCUUUUCCAAAUAUCGGCUACUGUCUUCAAUCGCCAGAUCUACGUGAUACAACAUCGUUUACCAUGUGUGGUAAUGGCAUUUUGGAACCGGGCGAAGAAUGUGAUUCGGGACUGACCGAUAGUGCAUGUUGUCAUGCAAAGACAUGUAAAUUGAAAACGGGUGCAGUGUGCGAUGACUAUAGUCAACAGUGCUGUCUCAACUGCACCGUGGCUCCAUCCACAGCCAUGUGUCGCCCUGCAGUAUCGGAGUGCGAUAUCCCGGAAUACUGUACAGGGGAAUCCACAUCCUGUCCUGCAGACGUCUAUCAAGAGAACAGGUCGGCCUGCGCAAACAAUACAAUGAAUUGUGCCUCUGGCGUCUGUACGUCUCGUGACGAACAGUGCAUCGCGCGUGGCAUGCGUCUUGGCGUCACCGAAGAAUGCUCGUUUCAAAAAGAUUCGUGUCUCAUUAGCUGCGCUGAUCCCUUGGACCCAGGCAACUGUCUCGUGCUCAGUGGCGUCUUUCUGGACGGCACUGGUUGUGGCCUUGCCAGUAUAUGCGAGAAAGGUGCCUGUGUUAGUACUGGAGCAUUGAAUACGCUCAAGGCAUGGGUGGCUCAGAACAAACAAAUAGCCAUUCCUGUCUUUCUGUUUGGCAGUUUGAUCAUACUCGGCUUAUUGGGGUGGCUAGCCUGGUUCAUUAUAUCUCGUUAUCGCCGGAACCGUCUGGCAUCCAAGGACAAGGAUUCUAGACCCUCCUCCAUUGCAAACACUAGCAGUUAUCAACUCGAUGAUAUGGGUGGAAUGAGUAGUAGUAAUAAUGAUAACGGCGGUGGUGGCGGCGGCCCUGGUACUGGCGGUGAAGGAGUAGUCGGAGGAGGACCAGGAAAUCGACAACGACAACAAAGUAUGAGUGAUGCAGAUACGGCGAUUACAAUAAGAAGAACACAGCAGCAACAAAGCACGGGCUUUCAUGAUGCAGCAGCAACAUCGGCAGAAGUCAUAUUAUCAAACAUCAACAACAACAAUAAUAGUAUUAAACAUAGUAACAGUACAGGCAGCAGUAACCAUCAUCACUUGAUAGACACAUCAGCACCAGCAGUAAGAGCACCAGGAUGGCCGUCUGAAAGCAUAAUACGACGGAACAACAACAACGCCACUAGUAAUAAUGACGACAUGGGUAAUAGUAAUGAUAAUACUUGGAGGAACCAUCACCACUACCCAGCAUCAGAUACCCACUCGACACGAUCUCCGUCACACCAGCACCGUUACAAUCAAUCGGAAGGCAGCAAUUAUUUGCCCUCGCUGCAUCCGACUGAAACAACGGCAACGGACAGCUCGUUACACGGAUCGACUAGCACUGCUCGGCGUAUCGGGUUUCACCAGGGAAAGCAGCAUCAUCAUCACGAAAUGGCACCCAUAGACUAUGGUACUUCUGCUGGUGCUGACAGUACUGUGAUUGCGACCGGAGGUGCAGCAGCAAUGGCCGUUGUUGACAUUGCCAUAGCAUCCGAGGGACAACGUCAUCGACGAGCGAAAUCGACAGGCGCAUAAAUCACCCUCAUUCACAAUUGUACAUAAUUACUUUCUUAUUUUUUUUUUAUUUUUGUACAUAAUGCCCCCCACCCCCUUAUUUUUUUAACUUUUGUAAUAUACUACUACUAGUUGUACUUGGAAGCCAGCCAGAUACUAGAAAGAGAAGUGUGUGUGUGUUUCAGCUGAGUGGCAACACUUUACAACGAUCAUGGGAGGAAAUAGUAGUAGUAGUAGUAGUAUAGUAGUAGGAGUAUGUCACUCUUUGCCGAAAACAGUAAAGGGCGAUUCAUCAG